UUACUGGGCAUUUUGUGGUAUUUAACUGUAGAAAAUACAGCAAAGGCUAACAGUGCAGGCUCGCUGAACUACGAGUGGCGUGAUGUGAGAAAACUUUGGUGAAAAACUGAGAAAUAUCCCUUUGAUUCAGGAAAUUUUCAGUAUUUAGUAACCCAGAAGCUUGUGGCGCCCCCUGUUAUCCUGCGGCCCUGGACAGUGAGCCAUAUGGACCCAUAUGAGAAUGCCAGUGAAUUCAGAUCUAAAUAAAGCAUGCCUUUUCUUCCGCCUUUCUACUUCCCUCUACAGCUCUGCACAAACAGCCCGCAAAUUUGAUGUGUUAAACUUCCUCCUUGAAGGCUCGCGCACACACUUGUCAAAGCGCAUCCUCCCAACCCCCUCCCUCUGCUGCUUGCUGCUCUGCCUCUCGGUCUGUUCCUUUAAAAACCAGCAAGCCCACGCCUCGAAAAGCGGCUUGUUCCGGCUUGCCCCUGUACAUAUCUUUUAUCCUUGCUCGCCACAUGAAAAUAGUGCCCCCCUCGAUAGCUGCGCACCACCAUCUAUCUGUGCUAGGCCCACGAACGACAUUCUCAUCCAUUAGCUCGGAGUAUGAAUGAUGCGUAGCCGCGCAGCAGCAGCAGCAGCAGCGGCGGCUCCGUGCCAGUGCAGCCCGAUGCUGCUGGUGGUGGAGAGUCUGAAGCGCAGCUCUGGCACCAUCACCGCAGGCGGAGCGAUACCAUCAUCUCCUCUCAGCGUUGGUUUGUGAAGCAUAGGGUGUGUGGCUCAGAGUACCUGAGCUUCCGUCAAGCGCGGUGGGAAAUACGUGCAGAGGAGCGCAACUGGACCAGAUAGCGCGCCUACUUGUAGCAAAUGCGCUGAUAUGCGUUACCAGGUCAUUCUAGCGCCAGGAAGCAUCCAUCUGCUGCUGCUAUUUUGAAACUGAUGAAGAUUUUUUUGUUGUUGUUGUGGGUGACCAGGAAAUGUUUACUCUGAUGUUUUGGUGUGCUUGAGCGUUUUCGUUGGCACUGGCAAAAGCGUGCUGUGGCCAGGGCUCGUGACAUGCAUUCCCCCUGAGCUUGGUGACGCCUCCUUCAGCAGCACGGUGGCAGGAUGCCGGUGCAGGCAGCCCAGUGGACAGAGUUUCUGUCCUGUCCCAUCUGCUACAAUGAGUUUGACAGCAGCGGCCACCAGCCCAUCAGCUUGGGCUGCUCCCACACGGUGUGCAAAACGUGCCUGCACAAACUGCACCGCAAGGCCUGCCCCUUCGAUCAGACGCCCAUCAGCACGGACAUCGACCUGCUGCCGGUCAACUGCGCCCUGCUGCAGCUGGUUGGAGCACAGGUCCCAGAUGUUCCUCCUGUGAGUCUGAGCAGUGCAGCAGAUGUUGAGCACUAUGACCUCUGCCGACUGUGUGUAGAAGAGCUGGCUCUCUACCUGAAACCUAUCAGUGGUGCCAAAGGUGUGGCGAACUUGAGUCCGAGCGUGCUCAGUAGGCCCAUGCAGAGAAAGCUGGUUACUCUGGUGAACUGUCAGCUGGUAGAAGAGGAGGGUCGUGUGCGGGCGGUCCGGGCAGCCCGCUCACUGGGGGAACGGACUGUAACCGAACUCAUCCUGCAGCACCAGAACCCCCAGCAGCUCUCUGCUAACCUCUGGGCAGCGGUGAGGGCGCGGGGCUGCCAGUUUUUGGGUCCUGCAAUGCAAGAAGAUGCACUGAAGCUGGUUUUACUAGCUUUGGAGGAUGGUUCUGCUCUGUCUAGGAAGGUGCUGGUUUUGUUUGUGGUCCAGAAGCUUGAGGCCCGGUUCCCCCAGGCAUCCAAAACCAGCAUAGGCCACGUGGUGCAGCUGCUGUACAGGGCCUCCUGCUUUAAGGUGACUAAGCGGGAUGAGGAUUCCUCCCUAAUGCAGCUGAAGGAGGAGUUUCGAACGUAUGAGGCGCUAAGGAGAGAACAUGACGCUCAGAUUGUCCACAUUGCCAUGGAGGCAGGCCUUCGAAUUUCUCCUGAGCAGUGGUCCUCUCUCUUAUAUGGAGACCUAGUCCACAAAUCACACAUGCAGUCCAUAAUUGACAAGUUGCAGUCUCCAGAAUCAUUUGCAAAGAGCGUUCAGGAACUGACUAUUGUUCUGCAGAGGACGGGAGACCCAGCCAACCUCACAAGCCUUAGACCACACCUAGAGCUACUGGCCAACAUAGACCACAACCCAGAUGCCCCUCCGCCGUCCUGGGCAGAGCUGGAAAGCGUGAUGCUGGCUGUAAAGCUGGUGGUUCAUGGACUGGUGGAGUUCAUACAGAACUUCAGCAAAAAGAGCCAUGAAACUCCACAGCCCCAGGCCAACAGCAAAUAUAAGACCAGCAUGUGCAGAGAUCUUCGUCAGCAGGGAGGCUGUCCCAGAGGAACCAGCUGUACAUUUGCGCACACACAAGAUGAGCUGGAGAAAUUCAGACUGAGGAACAAGAAGAGCGGCAGCGUGGUCCGGCCAUUCUCUUUAGCCAGCAAAGGCCUCAAAGAUGCAGAAGAAAACAUGGAGGAAGCUUCCAGCAUGACACACCCGCUGCUGAUCUCUAGAGGGUCAGGCAGUGUGGAAGAACUGAAAAGAGCUUUGACGAAUGGAACCAGUGGGGCUAACGGGCCUAACAGAACCAAAUCAGGGUCCACAGAGCUGAAGCCCAUGUCCCCUCCCAGGACUCCAGUCAGCCACUCUUCAGCUUCCUCUCCUUUGAGUUCUGCAGGUGGUGCUGAUGUCAGCGCUCCUCUUGCUCGACAUGGUCAGUUCAUCAUCUCCUCUCCUCACCCUUCUCAGGCAUCAGAGCUAUACUACCAGGAACCUCACCCUGGUUAUGACACAGGGCACUUUCAGCCAAACUCAGGUUCUUACUAUCCAUCUGCUCUUCACCCUCCUCACAAAUCCUGCAUGGCUCGGUUCCUUCGGUCCUCCAAUGUCCAGGAAUCCUCGCUGCCGCCUUCGUCUGGCAUUUCCUCUUACCACAAUGACCACCAGGCUCCUCACCCAGCCUCAUCCCCUUCAUCAGGGUUUCCCCCUAGAGACCAGAUGGGAGCCCCCACCUUCCAUCCCCAUCCAGGACAGGGUCAAUACAGACAUUUGGCUCCUGUGCAUGGUGUUUAUGCUCCUCUUUAUGACAGCAGGAGAGUAUGGAGGCCUCAGCUGUACCACAGAGAGGACGCCAGGAGUAACUCACUGCCUCCAGAAGUUCUUCACUCCUCUGUCUACCAGCCUCCACUCAGGGAGCGAUUCAACUCUCUAGACAGUAACUACUGCUCUGGAGCGGAGCACCGUGCUGGGCUGCACAGGGACUAUGGACGGGUUCCCCUGGGAUAUGAGGAUCUAUUUAGACAGAAGCAGGAACACUGGACUCACAUCCACCACCAUCACAAUCCCAACAGGCCCUCCCAGUCUUCCCCCAUAUUCACCACUGAUUUUGGAGCAGAGCAUGUAGAAAGCAGUGGAGGUCAGUGUAUGGGAUGUAGGUUCAGGGGCGAGGACAGUUUGGCCCGUUACUCUCCGUGGUCCUGCGGUUCUGCCGGGCCCAGCCUUAGCCCCUUUGAGCCUGAACCUCUCAAACACACCCCAGCUCACUCCCAUUCCCACUCGGAGCAUCUGGAAGUAGACUGUAUUGAAGGAGGCCAAGGUGUUGUUAGCGGCACAGGAAAACGAUGGCCGCCCUCAUUGGAUCACUACCGACGUUUGAAAGAGGAAGAUCCAAUUAUUCCCUUCAGUGAGGCGCCCAUCAUCUCAAAGUGGGGUGCCAUUUCUAGGGCAUCACGCACAGGUUAUCAUACCACUGACCCCGUCCAAGCUACGGCCUGCCAAGGUAGCGCCAGCACCACAGCAAUAAACUUCAAAGAUUACAACCACCACUUUGAUCACAGCGACUAUAGGUGGAGCUCCAGAGGAUCAGACUCCUCUAGCCACUCCAGUUUCCUCGAGAGUGAGCAUCUUUGUGCAACGGAGCUGAAUGGCCAUCGAACUUCAAUAAGCAGUGGAGAGAAAAUUGUGUUGGACCACCUGCAAGCCCACCAGACAACCUUCCAACGGGAUCAAAACCGAACAGAAAGCGAAUCUGACCCGGAUCGAGACAUUGAGCUUGAACUGCGAGCGCUUGACAUGGAGGAUUCAGAGCACCAUGGGAUCAAGUCUCAGGAGUGUUUAGAUCUGUCCAACCCCGAGUCUCAGGAUGCUUCCCACCUCCUCCCACCUCCCUGCUCAUCUCCUCUGUGCUCCUCCCCUGUAGAGGAGCACACCCAGUCAGAAAGUCUACUGACAGAGAAAAUGGAUCCACUCCAGCUAAAAAAGAUGGCCUUUAGGAAAUCUCUGUCCCCUAUAGUGCUGGGAUCAGGAAGUCUGGGCAUCAGUAAGCUGGUGCUACGAACCGGACCUCCACAACUACGCGACUCCUCCACCAGGACUCAUCCUGAGACGCCUGGGAAGGAGAUGCUGCUCAAUUGAAGCUAAAGGAACACACAAUCUGUCCUGCACUGAUCAAGAGCUGAGUCACUUCUUCUCAAACAAGAAUCUUUUACAACAGGGAAUUAUUAUUUUUUUUUUUUCCCAAUUUGAAUAGGUGAAGGUGUUUUUUGACAUCUAACCAAUCACCUAACAGAACCUUUGACAUGCAGUGAUUUAAGUGACUGAAGCCAAUGAUCUUCCAGAGCUUCACUCGUGGACUUGGGGGACUAAAUUUGUUAUGCUCCAGUAAAUUCUACAUCCAAUAACAGGUCAUGUUUUCACCACAUUUUUCAAUGUGUGGUUGCUUUUUAGCGUGUGCCUUUGAAGAGUUACUUCCCGUAAAAGCAGGCAUCAAUGAGAAUUUAGGAUCUGUACAGCUUCUUGUAGGAUAAUUUAUUCUCUUUUAAAUCUUGAAACGUUGGUCAGUUAUUUUCUGCCUUUUUUCAGAAUUUCCUUAUAUUUUGUGUUUGCUCUCUCUCUCUCUGGACAGCUUCAUGUGGUCACAGCUUUGGGCCAUUUGGCAAAGUGGCCUUUUUACGUUUUUCGGUGUCUCUUUGUUCCAUAGUAUGCCUUAUUUCAAAGGAAGGGAUAGAAAACAUAACAAGACGUGCUGUGAAACAGACUGUUUCAGGAGAUACUAACUAUCCACAGUUAUAACCCUCUAAGGACUUUUUCAACAAAACUAUUAAUAAACUGUUAUUGAGCACAUAGAAAACACUUUAUCUCAACAUACAAACCCUGCAGAAAGGGUUUUCCUUGCAAAGAUUUAUAUUUAUUUGAAGGAUUCUUUUUGUCUUUGCGCCUGUAGUUUUUAUCCUCAGCUAGUUGAUCCCACCAGAUCAUAGCCUAACUAGUGCAUUAUGCAUUUAUAAUUUCUAACAAGUGAAACAGAAAUUCUAAAUUGCACUCUGUUAUUUUUAAUAUUAAAAAAUAAUUCACAAAAAACAAUUGGGCUGAACAGAUCAGAUUUCAGAUUGAGGGUAUUUCUGAACAUUUGAGAAAGUACACAUAGCUAAUUCAGCCAAUAUUUAAAGAACAGAGAGAAAAUCUAAAAUCCACUGAUAACAUGACUUUUCAUGAGUCAUAAGAUAUCUAUACAGACCUCUGACUGUCACAGGACACAGUGCCUGUCAAAAACCCCGUUUGCAUAUAUUCUUUGAUGGUUGUAGGUUACAUAGUUUAAUUUAAGUCAUGUUUAUCUUUCUUUUUGUAGAAGUUCUUUACAAUGACUUUUUUUUUCCAAUGUUAGCAUUCAUGCACUUAUAAACAAGGACAUUGGUUUGCUUUUGAAGCAGAAAUGAUCAUUUAAGUAAACAUAAAGCAGUCAAAUGCACAAAGAAACUGUGCAGAGAAACAAUAGCUCAAACUGUCCUUGAUUUUUUAAAAAUCAACCUCCUUAUAGAGUUGUUGAUUUUGCUCUUGAAAUUAUUUAUAAAAAAUGCUCAUUUUGUAACCCAGUCCAUUUUAUCUGCUGUCUGUACAAUAAUCACAAUUUGUGCUGGAUGUUUUUAAAGGUGAAGUCAACAAAAGGAGAGGAACUCCACCAGUUGUUUAUCACUGUUUGCAAUCACUGUUUAACUUCUCCAAAACAUUUGGAUUAUUGUUGUUUUAGUGAUGCUAACUUCUGUGAAGUUGUACGUUAAGGUAUUUUUGUAUCUGGAUCUUUGUUUUUCAUGUUUCCUCUUUUGUCGAUUGCUGGCUUUAAGGUCGGUUCGCUAUGACCUACUUUACUGGAGUUAACAGUUGACUUCCAUACACUGAGACCCCCCUCAAGAUAAGAUAAGAUAAGAUUUAUUUGUCAUUGUCAUCAACAGAUUACAACGAGAUUGAGAUUUGCUCGACUCGA